AUGGACAACGGUGAUUUUCACCUCGUGGGCUUUAAAGAAGCUGUUGAAAACCUAAUUGCAACAGACGUUACACCUAGCACACAUCAGGCAAUUGAUAGAAUCUUCAUGGAUAUAGGGAAUAUCAACAGAGAGUCUAUGGCUGACGUACCGGAUUGUCAGAUUGAAGAAAUGGCAGUAAACCUGUGGAACUGGGCAAUUACCAAGAAAAUAGGUUUGGUGAUAAAUGAAGAACAGAAGGCUAAAUUGCGGCAUGUUGCUUGUAAGUUGAUUCGCAUGUGUGAACACCCAGAUGCUUCAGAAGAAUCCAUUCAAAGACAAAUUUUGAUGAAUAUGAAAACAGGAAAAGGGUGGGUGAAUGUUGGAAAUGCGGUGCUUGCUGAUGAGUUUUUUCAAUACGCCGUGACUAGUCUGGAGCAGUUAUAUUUCAAAUUAACUCAGAAGAGCCCCACUGAGGAACAUGUGAUUAUGCAGAAGACUGCUGUGGAGAGGGACCUUUUGAAAGUGCUUUCUUACCAAGCAGAGGCAGCAGUUGUUCAAGGGGAUUUUCAAAGAGCAUCUGCUUAUAUACUACGCUGUAAAGAUAUGUUGAUGAGGCUUCCCCACAUGGCUUGUUAUCUUCAUGUUGUCUGUUACAACUUUGGAAUACAAACCCACAGGCAGAAUAAAUAUGAAGAAAGUUCUUUCUGGCUUAGCCAAAGCUAUGAUAUUGGGAGGAUGGACAGGAAUUCUGUUGAGCCACAAAUGCUGGCUAAAGUUCUGUGGUUACUAGCCACUGUUUAUUUGGAUUGGGACAGCAGUGAAUAUUAUGAUAAGGCUCUCAACAUUAUAAACCUAGCAAACAAGGAACACUUAAAUCAAGCUGGGCUUUUAUUAAAGGUGAAAAUCCUCUUGAUGGGUAAAAUAACUAAUGAAGAACUUUUUCGAGCUCUUAUGGACAUUCUACAUUUUGGCAUGUCUAUGAACUUCUGUCUGAAUAUUGCUAAACUGCUGAUGGAUCAUGAAAGAGAAUCUGUUGGAUUUUAUUUCCUGAAGAUUAUCUGUGAACAUUUUAAGUCAUCAGAAGAUACUACUAAAGCUCUACUGUUCCACAUUGACAUGCUUUUACAAAGGAAGGAAGUAUUGUUUGCAAAGGAGAAGAUUGAACAAGUCAUUAUAGGUCACCAAACAGGAAAACCACUGGCAUCAGAAUUAAUAGGCUAUUUCCACAGCAUUAUUUGGAGACAAGCUGCCAGAAGUUAUGAGGUACAAAAUUUUAAUGAUGCCCUGAACUGGUACUGUUAUUCUCUGAGAUUUUAUGCAGUUGAUCAAUCUGAUCUGGACUUGGCCAAGCUACAGAGGAACAUGGCUUCUUGUUACCUGCAUUUGCGACAAUUUGAUAAGGCUAAAGAGGCAAUUAUAGAAGCUGCACAACGUGAUCCUAGAAAUAUUUUCACUCAGUUUUAUAUAUUCAAGAUUUCAAUCGUGGAGGGCAACUCUGGCAGAGCUUUGCAGGCAAUUAUCACUUUAGAGUAUCUAUUAAUGGCUCAAGAGCAACAUGAGAAUAAUGUAUCUACAAAGAGAAGUUCAGGUGUCAUGCUUCUCACUUUGGCUGCCCAGUUUGCUCUAGAGAAUGGCCAAUUAGUUGUAGCAGUAAAAGCUUUGGAAAAUUUAGCUAAACUUUCGGAAGACCCGCAACAAGUUCUUACAGCUUUAAAGUGUUUGUUUCAUCUUUUCCUUCCAAGAGUUUCUCAAAUGCCAGAAUCUGAAAACAAGAAGAAAGAAAUGAAUAGACUUUUGGCUUACUUCAGUACAGCACUCCUGAAGCUUCCUCAGUUAUUUGAAGGAGAAGCCUGUCCUUUAAUCUCUAAGAUUAACGAAGCUCAUUGGUUUCGAAAAACAGCUUGGAACUUGGCUGUGCAAUGUGAGAAAGAUCCACUGUCAAUGAGAGAGUUUUUCGUACUUUCUUAUAAGCUGUCCCAGUUUUGUCCUUCCGAUCAAGUAAUUCUGAUUGCACAGAAAACAUGUUUACUCAUGGCAGCUGCAAUUGAUCUAGAGCAAGGGAGAAAAGCUUCAACAGCUUUGGAACAGACCUGCUUACUAAAUCGUGCACGUGAUAUGAUAUGUAAAUGCAGAAACGUCUGGAAUCUCCUGAAAACAACAGGGGACUUCUCAGGUGAUCCAUGCGGGACAUUGCUUCUGCUGUAUGAGUUUGAAGUGAGAGCCAAACUGAAUGACCCAUUACUGGACCACUUCCUGGCACCAAUGUGGGAACUACCUCAUUUAGAAAGUAAAACAUUUGAAAUAAUUGCAGCAUUAGCAAUGGAAAUGCCUGCAUGCUAUCCUUCUAUUGCUCUGAGGGCCUUGAAAAAGGCUUUGUUUUUCCACAAAAGGAAAGAAUCAAUUGAUGUUUUGAGAUACAGCAAAUGUAUGCACAGCUUGGUUAACCUCUUAGUGCCAGAUGGGGUGCCGAAUACAGAACUCUGUCCCAUGGAAGAAAUUUGGGGCAGUUUUGAAGAUGCUCUGAUCUUUAUUAGCCACACUGAAGGCUACCCAGAAAUAGAGAUUGUCUGGCUGAUGAUCAAGUCCUGGAAUAUUGGCAUAUUUCUGUACAGUAGACGCAUGUAUGUAUCUACUGAAAAAUGGUGCGGCCUGUCACUGCGUCUCCUUGACUGCCUUGGCCCCCUCAAGAGCACCUAUGAAACUCAGGUGAAUAUUCUGUACAGUGAGCUUGUGGAAGCACUAGAUAGAAACAAGGGCUCAGCUUUUAAUGAAGAGUGA